AUGCCCUUGCCAACCGACAGCGGCUCUUGGGCCUCUGCCGAGCAGGGGUCGGAGUCCGGCGGCCAGAGUGAUACAUUGGAAGGCCCACACGAUGCCUUCGAAGAAGCCAAACGGAAAGUAGUUGCCGAGGUCCAAGAAGCCCGCGAAGACUCAGACCGCCAGUUAAGAAAGCUUCUGUGCCACGUCGUCAACACACACGAGGUAGACCGGGCAAUAAAUCUCGACCGUAUCUUGCUCAGAGUCUCGCUCGAGUACUCGAAAGACGUUUUUCAACGGCUCCAGAAUUAUAUCAGGUUCCCACAAUUCAUCAAGAAGAUCGACUACUACCAAGGCGGCACCUCGUCCGUCGCCUUCACCGAUCGGCGCCCGCCCGGUUACUGGCUGCCCAUGCUCACCCAUGACGACCCCCUUGAUCAAGUAACCCCCAGGGUGGAGCGGAGCAUCGCAGAAGAGGUAUCUUCUUUUCUACACUGUAUCUUUGUCGAUGGAUGUUUGAUGUUGAGCUCUGGACUGACUCUCUGGUUGCGCAAGAUGCACUCGGCAAACCGCCUCUCCUUGGAGACCGAACCGAGCAGGCGGUCGAACCGCACGGUUUCAUCGUCGAGCAAGACAAGUGUGUCUGCACGGAGGCAACUCCCCCGCAGAAGAUCGCCGGCCACGCCUUCGCAACGGGUGCAGAAGAGCCCUUCGACUCGUCGGAAACCGCCGACGACUUCUUCGAAGCCGAGACGGCGCAGCACGAAGGACGACAACCUCCAGGACGACGAGCCCAACCCGAUCUGGACCGCUUCUGCCACCAAGAUGCUCAACGAUAGGCCAAGCCUGGUCUUUUCCUACAACCUGGGCGUGGAGGACAGAUAUUACAUCCUGUACUGCCCGACGGAGACGUGCGACUUUUUGUUCCGGACGCACCCCUUCCACGACAAUCUGGCUUUCAAUCACUUUAGGGAGUGCGGCGUGGAUUUCAAAGACGAGGCUGACAUUGUGCGCCGGUAUGGUCGCCUCUUGACAACUGCAGAUGAGAGGACUCUCCACUAG